GCGUGUUUGGUUGCCGAGAAAAUGUGAAUUUACUUUUCUUUGUCAUCAGGAAUUUCAAAAACCUAAUCCAAUCUGUGAAGACGUAGAAAUCCAAGUGACAUAUUUCACGCGAUGGAAGAUAAAAGACAAAAAAUGCCAAACGUUGGAGAUUCCGAAUUGAUCAAGACGGUUUUGGAUUUUCUCUAUAAUAAUAAUAAUUAUCAAGACAUAUUGUUUCAUGGAAGAUUGCACCACCUCAUCUCCUCCUAUUAAGAGGAGGCUUCCACAAAGAAAUGAUUCGGAAGGACCGUACAGGCUACUUCAUUGUUCAGGAAAAGGAGAUAAAAGAGGAGUGAUACAGGAGUUAGAAAAAGGAGUGGAGGCUAAUUUGGCUGAUUAUGAUAAGAGAACUGCUCUUCAUUUAGCAUCCUGUGAGGGCUGCACUGAAAUUGUUGUUCUGCUUCUUCAGAAAGGUGCUGAUGUUAAUUCUGUUGAUCGUUGGGGUCGCACUCCACUCUCGGAUGCUCGUAGCUUUGGCCAUGAGGAUAUAUGCAAAAUACUGGAAAGUCGGGGUGGAAUAGAUCCGGUAGGACUUGACUCCCAGAGACCCUGCUAUGAGAUUGAUUACACUGAAGUGGACAUGGAAAAUGCAACACUUAUAGGAGAAGGAUCAUAUGGUGAAGUUUAUCUAGUGAAAUGGCGUGGUACUGAAGUAGCAGCAAAGACCAUUCGCUCCUCCAUCGCGUCAAAUCAGAAAGUGAAAAAUACUUUUUUGAAGGAACUGGGAUUGUGGCAAAGGUUGCGCCAUCCUAAUAUAGUGCAAUUUCUCGGUGUACUAAAGCACUCUGAUCGUUUAAUAUUUUUGACAGAUUAUCUUCGCCAUGGAAGUUUGUUUGACAUAUUGCAAAAGAAGGGAAGACUUGAUACUCAAACAGCAGUGGCAUAUGCUCUAGAUAUUGCAAGAGGCAUGAAUUAUCUGCAUCAACACAAACCACACGCUAUCAUACAUCGGGAUUUGACGCCAAGGAAUGUGCUGCUAGAUGAAUCAGGACAUCUUAAGGUUACAGACUUUGGCUUAAGCAAAAUUGCACAGAAAAAGGAUUCGAGUUACAAGAUGACUGGAGGAACAGGCUCAUAUCGCUAUAUGGCACCUGAGGUUUAUCGCCGAGAAUCUUAUGGAAAGAGUGUUGAUGUCUUCUCGUAUGCUCUUGUAGUACAUGAGUUGUUUCAAGGGGGACCGUCAAAUAGGGCAGAACUACCGGAGCAAGUAGCAGACAAGAGGGCUUAUGAAGACUCACGGCCAUCCCUAUCCUCAUUUGUGUACCCUGAACCUAUCAAGAUGCUGCUUAGAGAGUGUUGGCAUAAGAAUCCAGAAUGCAGGCCGACAUUUGAAGAGAUAAUUUCACAGCUAGAGACACUUGAAGACAGCUUACAACGUAAGAGACCUGUAGGUGGCUGCUGCUGUAUUAUCUUAUAAGUUUGUUUAAACACUGUUUUUAUUUGCUCAUCAUACAGCUAUCUAUCACUGUAUUUGGUGCUAUGUUUUGGAGAUGUUUCUACUUUUGCUUGUGUUAGUUCUCUUUGGAAUUUGUAAUGGGCGGCUACAGACAAGUGUUUUUGUCUCUCUGUCGCAGAUACCUUUGUACAAAAACUCUUUGAGGGUGUAUUACAUUACAGUGGACUGACUCAUGCAA